UCUGGUCUUUGUCUUCUUCGUUCGUUUCACCGAAAUUUUAAGAAGAUUCACAUUUGAUCCAUGAAACAUGUACAUGAAGAAUUAGCUUUCAUCAUCAAGAGUGUCUCCUUAAAAAACGAUCCUUUGGUUCUUGUUUGAUGUAGGAAGGAUGCUUCUUCUCCUCCUCCUCAAUUAUGUUCUCUGUGUUUCCGUUUUUUUACGAUCGUUGCAUUUGGUUUUGAUAGAUGAUCUACCUUUGUGUUGGUGAUUUGGCUUGUGAUGUAUGAGAUUGUUAGCGUAAUUCAUGUUAGAUUUCGACGUUGUCUUUGUUGUUGUGGGUGAAAUCACUGGACAAAACAUGGGACUUGAUCCUGUUUUGGUUUACUACUCUCGUUGAUUUGUUAAAUUGAGAGCAUUGGGCUUAUCUAAUUAUUCUCCGUCACUUUUAUUUAUUUAUAUCUGAGUGUUUUUUCUUUGGCUGGACAAGAUUGUCUGCUUGUUGCUCUAUAAGUUUAUUAGAAAAAAAUUGGUAAAAUUAUUCACAAAUCUCUAGUUACAUUGACCAGAUUCCUCUACGGUCUAAUAACUUACAAUUAAAAUGUUCACCAAAUGGCCUUUGAGGUUGUCUAGCUCCAUAGAUUUAGUCCUUGUAAUUUAUAACUCAUUUCGCAAAUUCUAAGGAUUUGUAGUGUUUUCAUCUCUUUUACAGAAGAAAAUAAAGAGAAGAAUAACAUAUUAGGAAAAACUUUAGUUUCUUGAGAACUUGUUGAUAAGUGUGGAUGGGUGCCCCAAAGCAGAAGUGGACACCGGAAGAAGAAGCUGCCCUUAAAGCUGGUGUACUUAAACAUGGCACUGGAAAGUGGCGUACCAUUCUCUCUGAUCCUCAGUUUAGCUCUGUUCUUAAGUCUCGCUCUAAUGUCGAUCUCAAGGACAAGUGGAGAAAUAUAAGUGUGACUGCGUUAUGGGGUUCAAGGAAGAAGGCUAAACUUGCACUUAGAAGGAAUUUACCGGCUCCUAAACAAGAUGAUAACAACAACACUACACCUCUUAGCAUUGUCUCUUUGGCUAAUGGCCAAGAACGGACGAAUCCAACAUCGCCCGGAGGUUUUGGUGCUGGAUCGCCACAAACUCAUGCCUCAAAGAAAUCAAUUACAAGUUUGGACAGGAUUAUCUUGGAGGCAAUUACUAACUUGAAGGAAACACGCGGUUCCGACAGAACAUCGAUCUUUCUGUAUAUAGAGGAGAAUUUCAAGACUCCGCCGAAUAUGAAAAGAAACGUGGCAGUAAGAUUAAAGCACUUGUCAUCAAAUGGACCAUUAGUUAAGAUAAAGCACAGGUACAGGUUUUCUACUAAUUUUACUAGCGUUGGAGCAAGACAGAAGUCUCCUCAACUCUUGUUGGAAGGAAACAACAAAAAAGACUCACCAAGUCCAGAGGCAGACGGAGAGAUGUUUAUGAUAAAAGGCAUGACAUCUCAAGACGCUGCAGAAGCUGCUGCAAGAGCAGUUGCGGAAGCAGAGUUUGCAAUCACAGAGGCAGAAGAAGCAGCAAAAGAUGCAGAAAGAGCAGAAGCCGAAGCUGAAGCUGCUCAGAUAUAUGCAAAGGCAGCCGUGAAAGCUUUGAAGUUGAGGAUCCGUAAUCAUACUUGGUAAAACAUUAAAGCAAGAGAAGGCAUCAUGGGAAAGUUCUAUAACUGAGCAAGCCCCUAUAUAUAUAUAUAUAUAUAUUAUUACCAAUCAGGCGGUAUCUCAUCACCUGCAGAGUUAAAAAGUUUUCAAAUACCUUUCUCGUCUUUUGUUUUUGGUUAGUAGCAGUGUAAAUCCGCAGUUUGAUCAUGUGUAUGUUCAUAACUCUGAGAUUCUGUAAAAACCUGAGACUAUCUUUUUCUGUUUGUGGAUGAUCUACAAGCUGGUUUGAAGGGAGAUGAAUGAGAAAGUAAAUUAAGAUUUUUGAAAAA